CUGUCUGGAGUGAUAAUCUAAUUUCUUCAAUGGAAGGGCUUAGCGUUUAAAUCUGAUCUGAAAUCUGAGUCAACGAAAGAUUCUGUGUUUAUCAAUAUCCUGCGAAAUAACAAAAUAUAAAGAAGCAUGCCGUCAAAGUCUAAGCACAGCAAGCCGAAACAAGCCACAGCCGGAAGCGGUAGAAGCCGUGUUCCACAGUACAAACCCAAGACUGGAAUCCCAUGGACAGCUCUUCUAAGUAGCAUAGCAAUUCUUUUUCUAGGACUUUUUGGAGUGGGAUUGGUGCUUUUGUUAAAAAGUGAACCAACAUUAGUAGAGAUGAGAUGUGAGGAGUUGCUUGAAGCAUUAGAGAAAGGAGAAUCCAAUUCUGCUGAUCCCUCAAUAAUAAAUCAAUGCCAUGAUCUUUCUAAAGAUUGUGAUUUUGAUACCGAUGACUGCCAAUCACCCUGUCCGUUCGGAUUCGACAGGGAUGCGGUUACGGGAUGUUACACUUGUGGAUGUGCUUACGAAGGUCAUCACGAAUUUGACGUGAAAUACACGGAAGAAGACUUGCCUCAGAUGAUGAGGAAUUAUGGAUACACCAGAACUUUCGAGGAUGAGGAAGAUUUUGCUCUAUUUUCGGCGUCGACAUUGGACUGGAUCAAGUUGUGGAACACAAAUGAGGUCGGGGGGAGGUUCAAAAUUCCAUUUUUGAUUGACGCCAAAUUGCCUUCCGGUUACGACACGAAUAUCAUGGUUGCUCUGAAAUACUUUGCCGAAGUAUCUUGCUUUGACUUCUAUCCAAGAAAGGAAGAAAAAGAAUACAUGCAUUUCACCAAAGAAGAUGGAUGCUGGUCAAAAAUAGGAAGGCAAAUCGGAUGGGGUCAAAUUAUUUCAAUAGGCAUGGGUUGUCAAAAGGUAGCAACUGUUCAACACGAAAUAUUACAUGCUUUUGGAUUCUAUCAUGAACAUAGUAGGCCAGAUAGAAAUGCGUAUUUGGAUUAUCAUCCCGAAAAUGUGAUGGAAGGUAAGGAGCAAAAUUUUAAACUUUUGAACGAAGAUCGCAUAAACGAUCUUGGUUCCGAUUAUGACGUCAAGUCGUUAAUGCAUUACGAUGGGAUGAUAGCAAGCAAUGGACUUGGACCCACAAUGACGUACCCUGGAACUACGGAUUAUGUUCGACGAAAUGAAAUAGCUCCUUCUGACGAAGAUAUUAGAGAACUCAAUAUCUUGUAUGAAUGCAAGCCGGAAUCAAUUGGACAAGUUCAAGAAGGAUCUUGGACAGAAUGGGGUCCCUGGUCAAAAUGCAGUCAAAGUUGUUUUCUUGAUGAACUUGUUCCUUUUCGACGAAAAUAUAGACGGUGUGUGGACAGUAAUGAUGGUGACGUCAUGGGUUGUGAUGGUGUUCCUUCUGUUAAGGAGAAAUGCAAGAUUCCAUAUUGUCCGAAAGCGAGUAGCGAGUGGGAGCAAUGGGGACCUUGGGAAGAAUGUUCCGCGACGUGCGAUGGCGGUUACAGAGGCAGGUCUAGAACAUGUCCUGGUGAAGAUUGCAGCCAUGAGUUUGGAAGCUAUUUUGGAGAAGCCAAAUGUGCAACGCACAAAUGUGGGGAAGAACCAGAUUUGAAGUUACGAGAUUGGUCUCGUUGGUUGAAAUGCGUCGGGUCAUGUGGUGAAGGCAAACAAAAGAGGACGAGGACAUGUAAAUAUGGUGAUGAAUUUGUUAGAGAUUGCGAGAUAGACGAAGGAGAAUAUGAAGAAGAUGGUAUUAUUGUUAUGUAUCGCAAAUGCGAAAUUAAAUGUACAAAACCUCAAGCAUGGUCAACCACACCGGGUACGACCCCUGUAUCAACCACACCCGCUACGACCACGACAACUACUACUACCACUACUACAACAACUACUACUACUACAACAACUACCACUACAACUCCUGUCCCUACCACCACUGAAGAAACCACAACGACGACGACAGAGGCACCAACAACAACGGCAAUGCCAGAAUGGGGGGACUGGCAGUUGUGGUCUUCUUGUACAGUUUCUUGUGGCGAAGGAACAAGAACAAGGAAACGAGAAUGCGAUGGAUCUAGUUGCCCUGGAAAUGGAACGGACACAGAGACGUGUAACACCGAUGCUUGCUCACCUCCAGAAACUACAACAGAGGCACCUACUACAACGCCGCAAUCAGAAUGGGGAGACUGGGAGUUGUGGUCGUCGUGUUCAGUUUCUUGUGGCGAGGGAACAAGACAAAGAGAAAGAGAAUGUGGUGGAACUGGUUGUAUUGGAAAUAGUACAGAUGCAGACGCGUGUAACACAGAUUCUUGCGAGCCUCCUGAGCCACCAUCAGGAUUAUUUACAAAGGACGACGGACGAAAUUCAUUAUUAUGUACAUAUGGGUAUCUAACAACUGGUGAUUUUAACAACGAUGGACGUGGCGACUUAAUUUGCAUUUUAGAAGAUGGUAUAAUACAAAUAUAUUACGCAGAACCAUCUGGAACAUAUGGUGAUAUUGGUUGGGAAGGCAAAACAAAUUUUUGUCAGUUUUCUCCGAAAGAUGAUGAUAAAGGAACAAACGUACAUCCAGCAGAUUUAAAUGGAGACGGCUACACCGAUUUACUAUGCUAUAAUAUGGCAACUGGAAAAAUCGAAGCUUUUCUCAAUGUGGCAGGUGGCUUUAAGCAAAAACCCAACUGGUCUGGCACUCGGAGCAGCUGCGAUGUUAAAGCAGGGGCAGUUUUGCAAUUGAGUGACAUUAACGGUGAUGGAAAAUCAGAUUUAGUUUGUGGAGAUGUAUCAAACCCUGUCAAAGAUAUAUUUUUAAACGAAUCUUAAGAUUAAUACGCAAUCUCAAAACUCGAACCUUC